AGUCGGAGAAGAAGAAUGGGGCGAGCACUUCUCUCUCAUUUCCUCGACCUCUCUCAAGCCUCUUCUCGUCUCUCUUCCUCUCUCUCCUCGAGUGUCGGUUACAGAAGUCGGGUUUUCAGGAAAACAGGGCUUAUCUGCGGCGGCUAUGCUCCGCCUGGACUUGGCGGCCGUGGUGGUUUCCGGUGCUGUUACUCCGCCGCGUCGGAGACUCCACCUCCUCCUCCUUCCGAAAGGAAGCGAGUGGUGUCUGGAGUCCAGCCUACAGGAUCAAUUCACCUAGGAAACUAUCUUGGCGCAAUUAAAAACUGGAUCGCUCUUCAGGAUACAUAUGAAACUCUGUUUUUUAUUGUAGACCUACAUGCGAUAACACUGCCAUAUGACACAAAGCAACUGGAGCGAGCCACAAGGGAUACAGCUGCACUCUAUCUAGCAUGUGGUGUGGACAUCACUAAAGCUUCAGUGUUUGUACAAUCUCAUGUUCGUGCCCAUGUGGAGUUAAUGUGGCUUCUGAGCUCUGCCACACCUAUUGGUUGGCUGAACAAAAUGAUUCAAUUCAAAGAGAAGUCUCGAAAAGUGGGGGAUGAAAAUGUUAGUGCGGCUUUAUUGACUUAUCCUGUUCUCAUGGCUGGUGAUAUCCUCUUGUAUCAGUCUGACUUUGUCCCUGUUGGUGAGGAUCAGAAGCAGCACCUAGAAUUAACACGUGACCUUGCAGAGCGUAUCAAUUCUUUAUAUGGUGGAAGGAAGUGGAAGAAACUUGGAGGGCGAGGUGGUUCUAUCUUUAAGGUACCAGAACCCCUCAUACCACCAGCUGGAGCCCGUGUUAUGUCGCUAACCGAUGGUCUUUCCAAGAUGUCCAAGUCUGCACCUUCUGAUCAGUCCCGGAUCAAUCUUCUAGACUCAAAAGAUUUGAUCGCUAACAAGAUGAAACGGUGCAAGACGGACUCAUUUCCUGGUCUUGAAUUUGACAACCCCGAAAGACCCGAGUGCAACAAUCUUCUCUCUGUAUAUCAGCUUGUUUCCGGCAAGACGAAAGAGGAAGUGGCCCAGGAAUGCCGAGAUAUGAACUGGGGAGCAUUUAAGCCCCUGCUUGCCGAUGCUUUGAUCGACCACUUGCAACCUAUCCAGGUUCGGUACAAAGAGAUAAUAGGGGACGAAGCGUAUAUGGACAAAGUGUUGUCGGAAGGCGCCGAGAGAGCUUCGGAGAUAGCAGAAGCCACUCUUGCAAAUGUCAAACAUGCUAUGGGUUUUUACCCUUCCUGAAUCCACAAUCCACAAACAUCAGAUCGCUGCUACUCUUUCAGAGGAAAAACAGAAGAAGAAAGAAAACAGGAUAUUUAUUCGUUCACCAAAGUUAUCCAAUUUGCAUUACAUUCAGUCUUUUUGUAUUUUGUGCGUUUUAUUAUUUUCCCCGACACGUUACUCGGAGUUUGGUGAUUGAUUCAAUCAUGUUUCAAUAGAGUUUUUUUUUUUUUUU